AUGUCUGGUGGCAUCUUUAUGCGCGCGAUGGGUGCCAUCGUUGCGAAGAAGGACGACGACGACGGAGCCAGGCCGGAGAAUGAACCGUCCAAGCCGAGUCGACCGCCUCGAGUACCGAACAAUGUGGCAAGCCGCACGUUGAGCCAGCUGGGCGUGCUUGCGGGCGAGCGACGAAAAGCCAAGGUACUGUUGAAGGAAGCUCCGAGAGGGCCCGUCAAGAAGGAGGAUGAUUUUGACGACGAGGAUGAAGACAAGGAUGUCGAUGAGGAGGAUGUUGACGAGGCAGAAGAGGCCAGCGAAGCUGAAAAGGAAGCUGAGGAGGAGGAGGACAUGGAGGACGAGGAGGAAGAAGUCGCAGAGCCCAAGCGGCGAGGCCAGGAGCGAGAAGAGGAUGAUCACUACAGCAGCAGGCGUCCUCCAGAGCCCCGUGGCAUGCACGCGGAUCGUUUGGAUCGGCGCGACGAGCGUCCAGCUCGGCACCAUGCCUCGCCGCGGCGCGAGAGGCGUGAAGCUGAUGGUCGCGGGGCAAGAUCCUCAAAAGGGUCUGGAACGGACGUUCGCGGCUGGCAGAGCAUCGGCGCGAUUCGAGCGCUCUAA